GAGAGAAUGAGAAUGAAUCCCAACACUGAAGAGAGGAUUAGGGCAAGAGAAAGAAAGAUCAAUGGCGUUCCAGAUGCCGCCCCUCUCCCACUACGAUCACCAUCUGCCGCCGCCUCCCGAUCCCUCGGCCGCCGGCGAGCAGAAGAUCUCCGGACCCGGCCAACAGCCGCCGACUUGGUUGAACAACGCGAUCCAGAGGCAGCAAUUCGUUGAUGGGAGCUUCCUUCAUCUUCAGACCACGUCGGAGUCAUCGGCGUCGCCGGUGGCUGCUGCCGGGAAGUGGAUGUCGAGGGUGGGGAUGGUGAAUCGGAGUGGGAGUGAGGAUGAGGUGCCGGUGUCGAGUGAUUCGAUGAUCGCUGCUGAGAUCUCUCAUGGCUCUGCCGGUGCCGGAGGGGAAGGUGGGAUGGGGGUUGGGGAUGGUGGGGAUGGAUGGCAGAGCGCGAGGUUCAAGGCUGAGAUACUGGCUCAUCCACUGUACGAGCAGCUGCUGUCGGCGCACGUCUCGUGUUUGAGAAUCGCGACGCCGGUGGAUCAGCUUCCGAGGAUCGAUGCGCAGCUGGCCCAGUCGCAGAACGUUGUCGCCAAGUACUCGAUGCUUGGCCCCGGCGCUGGUUCUCAGAUGCUCGGUGAUGACAAAGAGCUCGAUCAGUUCAUGACACACUACGUGCUUUUACUUUGUUCUUUCAAAGAACAAUUGCAACAACAUGUUCGCGUUCAUGCAAUGGAAGCAGUGAUGGCUUGCUGGGAACUAGAACAAUCUUUACAAAGCCUUACAGGUGUGUCUCCUGGUGAAGGCACAGGUGCAACAAUGUCUGAUGAUGAUGAUGAUCAUGCAGAUAGUGAAACCAACUUGUUUGAUGGAAGCUUGGAUGGACCAGACAGCAUGGGAUUUGGUCCUCUUGUCCCAUCUGAGACUGAGAGAUCAUUGAUGGAACGAGUCAGGCUUGAGCUCAAACAUGAACUCAAACAGGGAUACAAGGAGAAGAUUGUGGACAUACGAGAAGAGAUAUUGCGUAAACGGAGAGCUGGGAAACUACCUGGAGACACUACUUCUACUUUGAAGGCAUGGUGGCAGUCCCACGCUAAGUGGCCUUAUCCCACUGAGGACGACAAAGCGCGACUGGUUCAAGAAACAGGACUGCAACUAAAGCAGAUCAACAACUGGUUCAUAAAUCAAAGGAAGAGGAACUGGCACAGCAAUCCUUCCUCUUCAGGCACUCUUAAAAGCAAGCGUAAGAGCAAGUGAUGCAGGUGACAGUGAAUGAUCCAUUCAAUGUAUAUAUAGAUAAAGGCAAAGGAAAUUAAUGCAUCAUGUUUAUAUAUAUAUUUUGUGGCGCAAUGCAAACAGCUGGAACAGAGGAUGAAGAUGGAUUCCUCCAUGGGCACAAGGUAGCAUGCAUGAAUCCCUUUCAAUAAAUAGAUUUUAUUUAUGAAAAAAAAUGGUUAUUUAUACCUGGGAUGAAGAAGAGGUAGUAUUGUAUAAGGUUUACCUUAAUUUUGUGUAUUAUUUUCAUUAUAUGGCAGGUGUUUGUAGCAUUUAAAAAGUGGACAUGUGUGUACGUAGAAUUUUAUUUAUUCUAGUGUGUUUUGUUUA